AUGCGCAUCGAGGACGUGCACACUUUUCGGAAGAGACAACAGGAGGAAGUUGCAACCUCUAAUGGAGAAAGGAAGGAUGAGAAGAAAUCGAUUGGUGGAGGAGAUAAAGGGGACGAGUCUAGGCCCAAGGACCUCUCCUGGGAGUCUAAGUUUAACCAGUACACCCCUUUGAAUGCGUUAAGGGAAAGAAUCGGGGUUUUCAUUUUGGCAUGGGAGAGGGAGCGGGAGAGCAGCAGGGGGAAGGGAGCCCUUCCUUCCUUCCGUUUCCAGCCAACCAAAGAGCACCGUGGAAGUUGCACCAAAUUCAGAAGAGCUGAAAGGAGGAUCGGAGGUUGGGUCGCGGUGGAUGGUUCAGUGGCGCGGUGGCCGGUUUGGCGGAGAUGGAGCAAAAAGGGGGUGGUUAUGGUGAUGGAAGAAGCUGGAAGAGGUGAAGGUGCUAGUCCGGGAUAUGGGGUUGCGGGUGCUGGACAUAGUGCUUGGAGAAAACCAGAUGUUGUCGCGGAGUUUCCCUUGGAGCAAGAGCUGGAAGUUGCUGAUGUUGCGGAGUAGUCUUCUUAGAGUUUCUUGAUUGAACACUUGUAGUGUUUAAUCCUUUCAACUGUUCAAGUAUAUAAUUUUUCAGUUUCUGUUGUUCCUGAAUGACUG